AUGUUUUCUUUAGCGGCGAAGAAAUACAACAUAAAAAUAACACAUAGGUUUUUGGAGAAAGGUCAUAGCCAAUCGGAGGGCAAUUUUAUGCAUGCUGCUAUUGAGCGUUCUAAGAAAAAGCAUACUAUCUACACACCUGAUCAAAUGUAUUCCUUAAUAGAGAACGCCAAAAUUACCGGGCGUAAGUAUCAAGUAAAACAAAUGACGCAAGCUUAUUUCAUAGAUUUUAAAGAAUUAAUUAAACGAAAGAAUUGGUUAAAAGAUACAGAUGGUAAUAAAAUUUACUGGAGCAAAAUUAAAGAAGUAGUUUUUCCUUAUAAUCAACCUGAUACAGUUUACUUUAGAUACAGUUUUGAAGACGAAUUACAAGAGAUGCAAACCAACACAGAACCUAUAAACACGCUGAAAACCUAA